CUCGUAUUUCUGCUCAAGAAAGCCUAAUCAGGUCUUGAGCAGUAGCUAAACCCAGUUUUCUAAUUUUCUUCGACUGAUUAUCGUAAACUUGCUAGCAAGAAUGGCGAGGAUAGCUUUUGGCAGUUUUGGAGACUCUUUCAGUGUUGGGUCCAUCAAGGCCUAUCUAUCUGAGUUCAUUGCCACUCUUCUUUUUGUGUUUGCUGGUGUUGGCUCAGCUAUUGCUUACAGCAAGCUUACAACAGAUGCAGCUCUAGACCCAGCAGGGCUGGUGGCUGUGGCUGUGGCCCAUGCUUUUGCAUUGUUUGUUGGAGUAGCCAUCGCAGCCAACAUCUCAGGUGGACACUUAAAUCCAGCUGUCACCUUUGGAUUGGCCGUCGGAGGCAACAUUACCAUCCUAACUGGCAUUUUCUAUUGGAUCGCCCAGUGCCUUGGAUCCAUUGUGGCCUGCCUCCUCUUGCAUCUCGUCACUAAUGGCAAGAGCGUCCCAACCCAUGGAGUUGCUUCAGGCAUGAAUGCUUUUGAAGGAGUAGUAAUGGAGAUUGUCAUAACUUUCGGAUUGGUGUACACAGUUUACGCCACAGCCGCUGACCCAAAGAAGGGCAAUUUGGGAAUUAUUGCUCCAAUUGCAAUUGGGUUCGUUGUUGGUGCAAACAUCUUAGCUGCCGGCCCAUUUAGUGGUGGCUCGAUGAACCCGGCUCGUUCUUUCGGCCCAGCUGUGGUUAGUGGAGACUUCUCACAAAACUGGAUCUACUGGCUUGGCCCAUUGAUUGGUGGAGGGUUGGCUGGGCUUGUUUAUGGGCAAAUCUUCAUUGGGCCUUAUUCCGCAGCCCCAUCCUCAGAUGACUUUGCCUAAAUCAGUUUUUCCGUUAGCAUUUUGCUUGGUUUUGCGUCUCAUCUGGUUUCUUACUUUUGUGUUUGGGUUUUAAGAGUGUGUAUUUUAAUGUUUUCUUUUUUAAAUGGAGGUUUGCACUUGAUAACAAUGUAAAUGUAAAUAAUAAAUGGAGUUGAGUUUGAAAA